AUGUGGGUGCUAGGACUAGGUUGGGUUGUCCUGGCAGCUGCCCGGGCCUGUGUCUUCUGCCGCCUCCCGGCCCAUGACUUGUGGGGUCGCCUGGAGAAGAUUUGCAGCGGGACUGGGGUCCAGUGGGAGGCUUGUGGGGCCUCCAGAUACUUCUCAGCCUUUGCCUUAGAUGGGGAGUCCUUGGACAGAAUCACAGAGAAGACUCACAGAGUCCUGAGGGUCAUGGAGAUCAAAGGUUCUUUCUUCUCGCUCCCUUUGUACUGGGAAUGGCUUCGCAAUACCAAGAUCCCAGAGUACACCAGGGAAGCUCUCUGUGCUCCCACCUGCCCUGAAGUCCGGCUCUGUCCUGCAGGGGGCAGCACCACCCUGUACAACUGCUCCACCUGCAGCGGCAUGGAUGUGCUCUGCUGGCCCCGCAAGCGCUGCUUCCCAGGAAGUCACGAUCUUUGGGAAGCCCGCAUUCUGCUCCUCUCCAUCUUCGCUGCUGGCCUCCUCCUGGGCAUUCUGAGCCUCGUGGUGGAGUCUCACCAGCUCCAGGCCAAAAGGGGCCUCUGA